AGCCUGGUGUCCCUCUCUCUCUUCCCAUCCCUGUCAGCUCGCCUUCAGUUAGUCUAGCAGGCUAAGUAGGGAGAGAGGAGAGGAGGGCAGUUCCCUUUCGCUUCUGCUCAGUCUGCCUCUCAGCACGCCGUUAACACACAUUCCACACCAUGGCUGCCACGGACGUGGACGUAUUUUCGAAUGAGGAGAAGCGUAACCUAAGCCUGGGCGGCCAUGUUGGAUUUGACAGCCUCCCUGACCAGCUGGUCAGUAAAUCGGUCACACAGGGUUUUUGCUUCAACAUCCUGUGUGUUGGAGAAACUGGCAUUGGCAAAUCAACACUGAUGAACACUCUCUUUAACACCAUGUUUGAAAACGAAGAGGCGAGCCACUACCAAAACGGCGUGUAUCUGCGACCGCGAACCUACGACCUGCAGGAGAGCAACGUCCACCUCAAGCUAACGAUCGUCGACACUGUCGGUUUUGGUGACCAGAUAAACAAGGAGGACAGUUACAAGCCAAUUGUGGACUACAUUGACACCCAGUUUGAAAACUAUCUCCAGGAAGAGCUGAAGAUCAAACGCUCUUUGUUUAACUACCACGACACCAGGAUCCACAUCUGCCUUUAUUUCAUCGCCCCAACGGGACACUCCCUUAAGUCCCUGGACCUCGUCACAAUGAAGAAACUGGACAGCAAGGUCAACAUAAUUCCCAUUAUUGCCAAAGCGGACACAAUCUCCAAGAGCGAGCUUCACAAAUUCAAAAUCAAGAUAAUGAGUGAGCUGGUGAGCAAUGGCGUCCAGAUCUAUCAGUUCCCGACAGACGACGAAGCUGUCAGUGAGAUCAACUCCUCGAUGAACGCCCAUCUUCCAUUUGCUGUGGUUGGAAGCGUGGAAGAGGUCAAAGUGGGGAACAAAACAGUGAGGGCCAGACAGUACCCCUGGGGAGUGGUGCAAGUUGAAAACGAGAGCCACUGUGACUUUGUAAAGCUGCGAGAGAUGCUGAUCCGAGUCAACAUGGAGGAUCUGAGGGAGCAAACACACGCUCGCCACUAUGAGCUGUACCGGCGCUGCAAGCUGGAGGAGAUGGGCUUUAAAGAUACAGACCCAGACAGCCAGCCUUUCAGUCUUCAAGAAACGUAUGAGGCCAAAAGGAAAGAGUUUCUAGGAGACCUGCAGCGAAAAGAGGAAGAAAUGCGGCAAAUGUUCGUAAACAAAGUAAAAGAAACUGAAGCAGAACUCAAAGAAAGGGAACGAGAGCUUCAUGAAAAGUUUGAGCAGCUGAAACGGAUGCACCAGGAUGAAAAGAGGAAGGUAGAGGAGAAGCGGAAAGAGCUUGAGGAUGAGAUGAACGCCUUCAACAGGAAGAAGUUGGCGGUUGAGACCCUCUCUCUAAAUCAGCCCCUCAAGAAAGACAAGGACAAGAAGAAUUAAUUUUUGGGGCGCAGCACACCCAUCCACACACGACCAUGGAUUUGUCCUCCAUCAUCCAUAGCAACGACCACAUCUGUCUUAUGUUUUUCUUUGUUUCUUUGUCUUGUUUUGACAUUCCAUCUUGACAUUGUGCACAUGGACCAAAGACACUGAGGAUAAUGAUGAUGAUGAAGCCACAGGAGAGGGUGAAAGAUGGUGAGAUAUUCAGGAGAAAUACUCACUUUCCAUCAGUGGCCAUCUCAUGAAUUCAGGAUCUUUCUUUGUCAUUUUUUUUUUUUUUUCGAUAAAUAUAUCUGUGUUUUAUUCAAAUUUCUUGUUGAUUUCAAUAUUUGUGUAUUUUUUUUUUAUUUCCUCAUUAGCCAUCUAAAAACUUUGAUUAAAACCCUGUCAGGGAAUGUCAUUGCUUGGUACUUCAAUUGAACUAAUAUGGGUAAAAUACGUAUUUAAUGAAAAUAUAUGAUGUGCCCAGUUCAAAUCCAAGAUAAAAAGUUAUUUUCAUUAAAAAAUGGUGUUGUGUUUCAAAUAUUCAGUUGAUCUAUCUUAUGAAUUUUUUUGUAACCAUAGUUUGGCAUAAUGAGUCCCUCAUUAGAUAACUAAUAGAUUGAAAUCUCAGUGUGUUGAGCGAUAACAGAGUACCUGCAUUUAGAGGUACUGACGACCUAACGUUUAGUCCUAUGUCUUAAAAAUCUAUGCAAUAUUCUAGUGCUGUAACUCAGUUAAAGUAUGUGAAUAUUUUCUAAAGCUUUCCAAGCUUAUAUUAAUAUGCAAAAUGUACUAGUUUUUAAUUAUGAUCGAGUAUGAGGUAGGAAGCCUGUAUGAGGGUGUAUAUUAUUUGUGAGACUGUAAACCCUGCAAUGAUCGUGUUGUUGUGUAACGGCAGCAGAAUCGCGACUAUUAAGCCAGUAAACAUACAAGCCUCAGCUUACUGUAGGACCACUCAGACAUGGAGAAGAGAACAGCUGUAUUUACUGUCUGUUGAUGCAAAUAAAUGCAAAAAAAUCCCUCCUAAAUAUAAAGCCUC